AUGAGGAUUCGCCCGGGAUGCGCGGCUGUACUAGCGCUGCUACUGCAGGCCGCUCUUGUGGCGAGCAAGGCCGUAGAUCAAACGCAAUUGCAGCCACAAUCGCGGCAGACCCCGUACGGUACAGAGGCGCAGAAACGAUAUGGAGGCGACGGUGGUUUUGGGGGUGAUUAUGGCGGCGGUUAUGGGGGUGGCGAUAUUGGUGGUCACUUCGGUGGCGGCGGUGGCGGCGGCGGCGACGUCGGCGGUCACUAUGGAGGUGGCGACGGCGGCGGUCAUUUUGGAGGUGGCGACGGCGGCGGUCAUUUUGGAGGUGGCGACGGCGGCGGUCAUUUUGGAGGUGGUGACGGCGGCGGUUAUUUUGGCGGUGGCGACGGCGGCGGCCAUUUUGGCGGUGGCGACGGCGGCGGACACCUUGGGGGUGGUGACAUCGGAGGUCACUUAGGCGGCGGUGAUAUCGGUGGUCAUUUAGGUGGAGGUGAUAUCGGCGGUCAUCUAGGCGGAGGUGACUUUGGAGGUGGCGGCGGAGGAAUCGACGAGCACCACGGCGGCCAUGACGACCACCAUGACAAGGGCUACUGGAAGAAGAAGCUUGUUUGGAAGCCGGGCUGGAAGAAGAUCUGGAAACCGGCGAAGAAACAGAUCUGGAAGCCCGCGUGGAAGAAGAUCUGGAAGCCUAUCUGGGUGCCGACUCAGAAAGCGGUGUGGAAGGAGAUCCAAGUACCCGCGUGGAAGAAAAUCUGGAAGCCCGUGUGGAAGGAGAUUCAAGUGCCGGUGUGGAAGGAAAUACAGGUGCCAGCUUGGAAGAAAAUCUGGAAGCCGAUUUGGCAGCCGAUCCAGGUACCCGCUUGGAAAGAGAUCCAAGUACCCGCGUGGAAGAAGAUCUGGAAGCCGGUUUGGAAAGAGAUUCAGGUACCAGUGUGGAAAGAAAUUCAAGUACCCGCUUGGAAGAAGCUCUGGGUUCCCGAAUGGGUGAAGGUUGGCAUACCGGGCGAACACUAUCACGGCACGGAUCAUCAUGGAUGGCAAUACACGAGUCAUGAUCUUUGGAAAAAGAAAUUGAUCUGGAAACCGGUAUGGAAGAAAUAUUGGAAAUCGGCGAAGAAGCAGAUCUGGGUCCCGGACAAGAAGCUCGAGUGGAAGGAGGCCUGGAAGCAGGUCUGGAAACCAGCGAAGAAGCAAAUCUGGGUGGAGGAUAAGAAGCUGGCCUGGAAGGAAGCGUGGAAACAGAUCUGGAAACCGUCCAAGAAACUCGUCUGGGUCCCCGACAAGAAGCUCGAGUGGAAGGAGGCUUGGAAGCAAAUCUGGAAGACCGAUAAGAAGCUGGAAUGGAUCCCCGACAAGAAGCUCGCUUGGAAGGAGGCGUGGAAACAGAUCUGGGUGCCCGCUUGGAAAGAGAUCUGGGUACCAGCGUGGAAGAAGAUAUGGAAACCAGUCUGGAUAUCCGAGUGGUUCCCCAACGAGGACCAUCAUCCCCAUCACGGCUGGGACCGCAAGGACACGCAGGCUCAGAACACACAAAUUGUACCCUACAGCCCCGAGAAGGGGGUCCAGCAAAAGAGGCAAGCGCAACCACAACAGGCGCAGCCGCAACAGGGGCAACAACAGGCGCAACAACAGGCGCAGCAACAGGUGCAGCAACGUCAGGCGGACAGUAAUAAAGUCGGGUCCAGGUCUUUCCAGGCAAAUUCGCCGGCGAUCACGCAGGACUUGGUACCACCGCCGGCUAACCAAAACGUUGGCCAAGCCAACUUUGCGUUCCCUAGCCGCUGA